AAUCAUCUCAACUCGAUGAAGAGCUUGGACCUCCGAGAUCUAAUCAAAAUGAUCUGAUCAUCUCUACAUGUACUCUUAAUAUAGUUUAUAUACAGUAAAAGAUUUUUAUAAAAUAUAAUUAUAGUAGUGAAAUAUCUGAGGAGGAUAAAUGUUUAAAUCCUGAGGUAUAAACAGUAUCAUGAUGCCCUCAAGAGACUCGGACAGUCAGCAAGAGGCAGAUAUCUUUUGUACUAUGACCAGUGAAGUACGGAUGCAGGCUGACCUUCACCCCUGCUCGGACUGUGGGAAGAGUUUUACUCAUCGCAGCAUGCUCCAAAGACACCAGCGUGUUCACACUGGAGAGAAGCCGUACGAUUGCUCGCAUUGCGGGAAGAGUUUUUCACAACUGAUCACUCUCCAGCUCCACCAGCGCAUCCACACCGGAGAGAAGCCCUAUGACUGCUCGAAGUGCGGGAAGCGUUUCUCCAGGCUGAGCAAUUACCACCAACAUCAACGAAUUCACACGGGAGAGAAACCGUUUCUCUGUGUGGAGUGCGGAGCAAAGUUUACUCACAAGGCCAAUCUCAAAACACACCAGCGCAUCCACACGGGGGAGAAGCCCUAUCGAUGUGCAGACUGCGGAAAGAGUUUUGCUGACAUUAGCAAUUUUCUACAGCACCAACGAACCCACGCGGUAGAGAAGUCGUUUCGCUGCUUACAAUGUGGAAAGGGUUUUCAUCUACAGCGCGGUCUCCAACAACACCAGCACGUUCACACCGGGGAAAAACCCUAUCACUGCCCGCAGUGCGGCAAGAGUUUUAAUCACAAAAGGACCCUGACACGACACCAGAGUAUUCACCGAGGAGACAAGCCGUACCGCUGCUCGCAGUGCGGCAAGAGCUUUAACCGAGAGAGCAACUUCCAAACGCAUCAGCGCAUUCACACCGGAGAAAAACCCUACAGCUGCUCCCAGUGCCAAAAGUGUUUUAACCAGUUAAGCGCUCUCAAAGCGCACCAGCGCACCCACACGGGAGAAAAGCCGUACCAGUGCUCGCAUUGUGGGAAGAGUUUUAAUCAGAAAUACACUCUAAGACAUCACCAGCACAUUCACACCGGAGAGAAGCCGUAUCAGUGCUCGCGGUGCGGGAGGAGCUUCACUCACCCCAGCACUCUGCAAAGACACCUGCGUGUUCACACCAAACAAACCCAAUCCAAUCCACAUUCGCAAUGGACGAAAACUGGGUCGAAAAAUUCACUUAUUUACAUGCAGAAGAACAUGAUGCUGAUAAAAGACUCCACUAGUCACAAAACUUCAUCUGGUGAUACCUGUUCUAUCUCCGCUCAUACUGAAGUGAAGAAAAAGCUUCACUCGUGCUCAGAAUGUGUGAAGACCUUCACUUGCAAGAGUGGCUUACAGAUCCACCAGCGCACUCACACGGGAGAGAAGCCGUAUCUGUGUUCACACUGUGGGACCAGUUUCAACCGCAAGGACACUCUCAGACAUCACCAGCGCCUUCACACGGGGGAGAAGCCACACGAGUGCUUGCAGUGCGGCAAGAGGUUUACGGGCACGCGGGCUCUCCGGAGACACCAGCGCAUUCACACUGGGGAGAAGCCGUAUCAGUGCUCGCAAUGCGGGAAGAGCUUCUCUGACAUCAGCAACUUCAAGCACCACCAACGUGUUCACACAGGAGAGAAACCAUUCACCUGCUUGCAGUGUGGAAGAAGAUUUACCAUGCGAGGGAACCUCAGGACGCACCAACGCAUUCACACGGGGGAGAAGCCAUAUCGCUGUUCGCUCUGUGGUACGAGUUUCCAAAACAACGCGACCCUCCAGGAGCAUCAGAGUGUUCACUCUGGGCAGAGGCUGUACCACUGCUCGCUGUGCGGGAAGAGUUUCAAUCGAGAGAGUCAUUUCCAGAAACAUCAGCGCAUUCACACCGGAGAUAAUUAUAUCUGCUCACAGUGUGGAGAACGUUUUCCUGAUCGGGGCGCCCUUAAAGAGCACCAGCUCCUUCACCCUGGAGAGAACCCGUACCAGUGCUUGGAGUGUGGAAAGAGCUUUGUUCGACGCGACACAUUCCAGUACCACCAACGCCUUCACACGGGGGAAAAUCUGUUCCAUUGCUCGCAGUGCGGGAAACGAUUUAAUCGGAAGGAUACUCUGCAGCAUCACCAGCUUGUUCACACCGGAGAGAAACCGUAUCUGUGUUCACACUGUGGGACCAGUUUCAACCGCAAGGACACUCUCAGACAUCACCAGCGCCUUCACACCGGAGAGAAGCCGUACAAGUGCUCGCAGUGCGAGAAGCGUUUCACUCACCUGAGUAAUCUUCAAACACAUCUCCGUGUUCACGCGAGACAGAAUUCCCAUCAACCCUGGAUCAUUUCAGAGUUGGCUUUGGAGAACUUCUCUAACAGAGUGGUGGUUCCUUCAAGUAGUGAAUUGGAGAAGCGAAUGUUCAGUGGGAAAGAUGCUGGACUUCCAAUCAAAAGGUUACUCAAAACCAUGAUGCCCACAAAAGACUCCAGUAGGCAUCAAGCGACCUUUAGCGUCCCCGAUACGAUCAGUUCUUCACCAACAAAGAAAGAUUUUCCCACUUGCUCAGACUGUGGAAAGAGUUUUGCGUCGCAGAGUAAACUUCAAAUCCACCAUCGCAUUCACACGGGAGAGAAGCCGUAUCAGUGCUCGCAGUGCAGCAAAAGGUUUAAUUGCACGAGCGCUCUUCGGAGACACCAGCGCGUUCACACGGGCGAAAAGCCGCAUCAGUGCUCGCAGUGCGGGAGGAGGUUUAAUUGCAGGAGUACCCUCCGGAGACACCAGCACAUUCACACGGGCGAGAAACCGUAUCGGUGCUCGCAUUGUGAAAAGAGCUUUACUCGACUGAGUAUUUUACGCGAACACCAGCGAAUUCACACCGGCGAGAAGCCGUUCAUGUGCUUGCAGUGUGGCAGGGGAUUUACUCAGCGGGGAAAUCUCAGGACGCAUCAGCGACUUCACACAGGAGAGAAACCCUAUCAAUGUUCACAAUGCGGCGAGAGUUUCAAACACAAGACAACUUUCCAGGAACACCAGACUCUUCACUCAGGAGAGAGGCUCUAUUACUGCCCGCAGUGUGGGAAGAGUUUUAAUCGGGAGAGUCAUUUUCAAAUACACCAGCACGUUCACACCGGACAGAAGCCGUACCGCUGUUCACAAUGUGGAAAGAGCUUUGCUCGGCCAACUACGCUUCGAAACCAUCAGCGCAUCCACACCGGACAGAAACCGUACCAGUGUUCAAAGUGUGGAAGGAGCUUCGCUCAAAUAAGUACCCUCCAAAACCACCAGCGCAUCCACACCGGACAGAAGCCGUACCACUGUCCACAGUGCGGAAAGAGGUUCGCUCUGUCCAACGCCCUCCGAAGACACCAGCGCAUUCACACGGGAGAGAAACCGUAUCACUGCUCAGAGUGUGGGAAGAGUUUCAACCAAAGAAGUCACCUCCGAACACACCAGCGUAUUCACAUACCUACAAUGUGGGAAAAGAUUUGCCCCCCAGGGCCGUCUCAAAACACUACACAUCCAUGAAGGAGGGAACAGUGGAACUGGUUAUACUCGCAUUUAUGGUUGCAAAAUUCCAAGAAAUUUGAAGACUGGAAACUUUCCAUGAGGAUUAAUGGGAUAAAACGAAAUUCUCAGUGGUGGACUAAUGAAAUAAAUGUAAUUUGUUCCUA